GCAGGUAUAUAGCUAGCUCACCCUCUCCUCCUCCUCCUCCUCUUUGGAAAGCCAACAAUGAUGGAGGAACUGUACGGCCUCGCCUCAUCGACGCCGGCUUCAGGUUUCAGCUCUGAUCAAUACUACUCUUCAUCAAUGGCCAUGCCGGAGAAUCUAACGGUUCCUGAUCAUCAUCAGCAUCAGGUGGAGGUGGACUGCUACAACUACUACCACAAGAGCACCUUCGAGCCUUUGGCGGCGGCUUUGGGCGACCGGAUGCCCGGGCUGCAGAGGCCUGACCCCUUGUUUUCGGGUUGCUCCUCCGGUGUAUCGGAUGCUGCUUCGGCUGUGGCUGCUGGAAUUAAUAAUCAAAGAGAAAGAGGAGGAGGGUGUGGUUUGGGAGAAGAGGUUUCGUGCGAAAUGAAUGCGAAGAUCGCUUCACAUCCUCUCUACCCCAAGCUUCUGCAAGCUUACAUCGAUUGCCAAAAGGUGGGAGCGCCACCAGAAGUGGCAAGUGUGUUGGACGAAAUCAGGAGGGAAAGUGAUCAUCUAAUUUGUAGGAGAAGUUCAACUUCAGCUUCAACUUGCAUGGCAACUGCCGAUCCUGAGCUCGAUGCUUUCAUGGAGACAUACUGCGAUAUAUUAGUCAAGUACAAAUCGGAUCUUACGAGACCUUUCGAUGAAGCAAUCACCUUCUUAAACAAGAUGGAGACGCAGCUCAUCACUCUCUCCUCCAAUAACACUACUACUACUAACGACGGUGGUGGUUCAUCUGAUGAAGAAGACUUGAGUGGAGGAGAGACGUCUCCACGAACAGGCGAAGAGCACGAGCUCAAGGACAAACUCCUACGUAAAUACAGUGGCUAUAUAAGCACCCUCAAGCAUGAAUUCUCCAAGAAGAAGAAGAAAGGGAAGCUCCCGAGAGAAGCUAGGCAAACCCUCUUUGAUUGGUGGAACCUUCACGACAAAUGGCCAUACCCAACGGAAUCAGACAAAAUCUCGUUGGCUCAGGUGACGGGAUUGGAUCAGAAACAAAUAAACAACUGGUUUAUAAAUCAGAGGAAGCGCCAUUGGAAGCCAUCAGAGAACAUGCAGUUUGCUGUUAUGGAUACCAUUUAUCGACCUUGUUUUACCAAGGACUGAUGACUUGCCAUUUACAGUUCCAUCUUUACCAUUUUGUACAUGUUUGAUCAUGAACAUGACCAUUUUUGGCCAAUGCCAGAAGAAAUAUGCUUAUGUACUUUGGUUCA